AUGUCCAAAAUUUUGAAACUUAGACAUAUUAUGAUGGGUAUGAUGAAUAGCAAGGAUUGCCAUGAAAUAGUGAAGUAGAGUAUCAAAAUAGUAAGUCGAUUCAUCGAGAUAAUGGCGAUAAUCUUAAAUUUCAACAAAUUUGGUGAAGUAACCAAUGCAAUUCCAAAGAUCAUGACACAGAUGUUGUAUGCUAAUUGGCUUUGGUAAUGGAUCGAAAAGGUUAUUAAGAUCAUGAUAAAUUUGAAUAUCCUCAAAAAUUUGUAUAUUUAAAUUUCUCCUAAUGGCCAAUAUGGUUAUUAAUAGAAUAUUGCAUAUGUCGAUAAUUUCUACUUGCUGGGAUUGAAUAAAUAGAGGCAACGCAACGUAAAACUGAUGAUGAUACCACAAUCGAAAUAUUCUUGCUUUCUAAUAAUAUUAUGA